AUGCUCCCGCGGAGCGUCGCGGUGUACGGCAAAGGCCGCGAGCCCGGGGAGGCGCCGCUGUCGCUGCCGGAGAGCCACCGGCCGAAGCCGGAGCGUUUCGUCGCGCGCGUCGCGUCGUCGUCCACGUCGACGACCCCGAUGGACGCCUCCGACGCCGACGCCUCCGACGACGCCUCCGACGGCUGCGUCCAGAUGAAGCACGUCGGCGCGUGGGGAAAGACGCCGAACCUGUACUGGCUCGCGCCGCACGACGACCAGCUCCGCCGUCACCCGCGCUUCGUCGCGCUCCCGCCCGUGGACCGCGUCCUCAUCGGCGGCGAGCGGACGUAUCGAUUCGUGCGCCAGGGGACGGAGCUGUGGGACGCCCUGCACGACGGCCGGCUCACGACCGCGCUCCUGAAGGCGGCGCUCGGGUUCUGCGAGGAAGGGACGUGCGCGGCGGUCGGGAUGAACGCGCGGAACGCGAGCCACGGGCCCGCGGUCGGGGCGUACCACAGGCUGCGGACGGAACGCGUGGAGUUUCCGUCGUCGGCGCCGCCGGAGACGGAGACGGCGGUCAACGAGGAGGUCGUCCGCGCGUACAACGAGGAGGUCGCCGCCGCCGGACCCGCGGCGCCGCUGGAAGACGAAACGUCGACCGACGACGCGAGCGCGAGCGGCGGCGGCGGAGGGAGAGGGCGAGGGCGAGGGAAGAGGAAGGGGGGUCGCGGCGGGAAGCCUCGGAACGGCGGUUCUGGCGGCGGCCGAGACGCGGGGGGAGCACGCGCCGCCGCCACGCCGUGGUCGCUCCAACGCGCCGCGCGCUCGCGCCGCGCGGCGACGCGCGGCGAGGGCGGCGUCCGCAUGGCGUGGGGCAGCGCGCAGGAGGCGGGCACGGUCGCGAGUCUGAUGCUUCACUUCCCGAGCGCCGUCGCCGAAGAAGUCGGCCUGUGCGUCGUCGAUCGAUCGGACGUCCCGUCGGCGUGGAACGUCGGGCCGCUCCCGCCGAUGGGCGCGUCGCCGGACGGGAUGCUCACGCUGCCGAUCGGGAACGACGCGAUCGGGAACGACGCGAGCGGCGACGUGCCGACGGAGCGGCUCGUGCUGGAGGUGAAAAAUUCGAGCCCGUUCGCGCGGCAUCGAACCCGGCCGGGGAAGUACGUCGUGAUCGACCGCGAGCCGUACGACGCGCCGCCCGCGUAUCACGUGCCGCAGCUGCUUCUGGAGAUGCUCGCGACCGGCGCGACCGCGGGUCUGCUCGCGAUGCAGUCCGCGACGCGCGGCGUGCGCGUGUUCCGCGUGGAGCGCGACGACGAGUACCUCGCGGCGAUGUUGAGGCGCGUUCUAUACACUGGUUCCCAUACGACCCCGCACGUCUCGAGGUUUUACGUGGAGUACGUAUCGAAGGCGACGCCGCCGCCGCCGCGGUUCUUCGAGGGCACGAGCGAGCACACGUGGCUCGUGCGGAGGACGCGCGCGAUCGCGAGGAACGCGACGUUGUGGAUGGACGUGCCGCAUCACCGGUUGCCGGGGGAGGCGUACGACGAGCACCCGUUCGUGUCCGUCGCGGAGGGGGCGGGGGGUGGGUGA